GCCCAGCAGCCUGCGGGCGGAAAGGGACACGCCCCUGCACCCAGGACCCGGCUGCCCCUCGGGCCCAGCUCAGGCCUCAUCAGCGCCUCAUCUUGCUUGCGAGAAGCUGAGGGCUGAUGCAACACCCUUCCAGAAUCUUCCUUGGGCCCGGAUGAUCAAGAUCCAAGCUGGGGAGGAACACAGACCACUCAGACGGCCCCCCCCACACACGCCCCCAUCCCAUCCCCCACCAGACACUGGACUGGUGGCCUCAGGACUUCCCCAUCUGCAGAGCCGAGAGGCCAUCUGGCUCCCGGGGCCCGGCCCACCUUCUGGGCACCGGGAGAGGCAGCCACAGAAGGUUCCAGAUGUUUAAAACUAGGAGGGAGCAGAGUACGGCACCCGCUAUCCUGCGCCCACUGCACGCACCCCUGAGGUCCUCAUGGCCAGCCUGAGCCCCUCGCAGCUGCAGAAGUUCCGGGAUGACGGCUUCCUGGUGCUGGAGGGCUUCCUGACGGCCGAGGAGUGUGCGGCGCUGCGGGAGAGGGUCCGGGAGCUCGUGGCCAGCAUGGAGGUGCCCCCGCACUGCCGCACGGAGUUCUCCACGCAGCAGGAGGAGCAGCUGCGAGCCCAGGGCAGCACAGACUACUUCCUGAGUAGCGGCGACAAGGUCCGGUUCUUCUUCGAGAAAGGCGUCUUUGACCAGAAAGGGAAUUUCCUGGUACCUCCAGAGAAAUCCAUCAACAAAAUUGGCCACGCGCUGCACGCCAGGGACCCCGUCUUCAAGUCUGUCACGCACUCGCCCAAGAUGCAGGCUCUGGUCAGAAGCCUGGGCCUCCAGAGGCCAGUGGUCGUGCAGAGCAUGUACAUCUUCAAGCAACCUCGCGUGGGAGGAGAAGUCUCCUCCCACCAGGACGCCUCCUUCCUGUACACGGAGCCCCUGGGCCGGGUGCUGGGCGUGUGGCUGGCGCUGGAGGACGCGACCCUGGAGAACGGCUGCCUCUGGUUCAUCCCAGGCUCCCACACGGGGGGCGUGUCCAGGAGGAUGGUGCGGACCCCCGCUGGCUCUGAGCUGCGCACCGGCUUCCUGGGGACAGAGCCCACCCGGGACCCCAGCCUCUUUGUGCCCGCGCCUGUCCGGAGAGGGGCGCUGGUGCUCAUCCACGGGGAGGUGGUGCACAAGAGUGAGCAGAACCGCUCGGGCCGCUCCCGCCAGGCCUACACCUUCCACCUCAUGGAGGCCGCCGGCACUGUGUGGAGCCCCGACAACUGGCUCCAGCCCACUGCGGAGCUGCCCUUCCCGCCUCUGUACUCCUGAGGGGCCUGUGCGCUGCCCACCAGGCUGCACAGCCCCCUGUGAGCGGCUCCUCUCCUCCCGGCUGCACAAGGCAGGGGGGCAUCCCCCCAUGGAUUCCCCGCCUCCGGGGGAAGCCCCCGAGGGGGCCGACCCGCUUGCUGGGAUCCGCACCGACCCACACCCACCCGAACCUGGGCUUCUUCACCUCCCCCCGAUGCCGUCUGGAUGGCGCAAGACACGGAAUAAAAAGCUCCCAGUGCGGCUGCUGUGCCUCCUUCCCGGCUGCCCGGCCAG